AUGCAAGAAGAAGAAGAAGAAGAGGAAAUAUUACCAGAUGAUUUCUAUUAUGAUAACAAUGAAUUAGAAUCCAAGCCUAUCUCGACUUCUAAUUAUCCUAGUAAUUUCAUGGAUUUAUUUCAUUCUUUUGGUUACGAAUGUACUAAAGCAUCCAAUCUCUUUAUGAUGGAUACUCAACACGUUUUAUUCUCUGCCGGUAACUUUGUACAAAUACUAAAUUUAACGAGUGGCCAGCAACAGCAUAUACGAACAACGGGAGGCGGUGGUAUUGGUGCUAUUGCUGUUCACCCUGAGCGAGAGUUCUUCGCUGUUGCAGAACGUGGAAUUAAACCCAAUAUUAACGUCUAUCAUUAUCCUUCGCUUCGGUUGCAUCGUAUACUUCGAUGUGGAACUGAACAUGCUUACGCUCAUAUCGAUUUCUCACCAAGCUCUGGUAUACAUCUUGCAUCAGUUGGCUGCUCUCCUGAUUAUACCCUAACUAUUUGGGAUUGGAAAAAAGAAAAAAUUGUCUUACGCACCAAAGCAUUCUCACAAGAUGUCUUCAAUGUUACAUUUUCGCCAGAAAAUGAAGGCCACUUAACGACAAGUGGUACUGGCCAUAUCAAAUUCUGGACUAUGGCAGAAACGUUUACCGGUUUAAAAUUAAAAGGUUAUAUUGGUAAAUUUGGGCGAACACAAAUUAGUGAUAUUAUUAGCUACGUUGAAUUGCCUGACGGUAAAGUCUUAUCUGGAACCGACUGGGGUAAUAUGCUAGUAUGGGAUAAUGGCUUAAUUAAGGUACAAAUCGGACGAAAAGCUAAAAAGUCAUGCCAUAUUGGUAGUAUUGAAGGAUUUUUCUACGAUGAAGGUGAACUAAUUACCAUCGGAAAUGAUGGUUACAUUCGUGUAUGGGAUUUUGAAACAGUCGAUUCCGCAGAAGUAGGAGAAGAAGGACAAAUCUUUGAAAUGGAACCUAUGUAUGAAUUAAAGGUUGGCCAAGAUGUUAAACUGAAAUCGAUGGUAAAAUCUGUAGAUACAAACUUGGCUAGUAUUUGGUAUGGUCAAGAUGCUAGUGGUGGAAUAUGGAAACUUGAUUUAUCCUUUUCUCACACAACUAAACCACCUGAGAAACUGUUUUCUUUUCAUGCUGGUGAAAUUACUGGCAUGCAAACAUCACCAAAACAUCAUAUGGUAGCUACAACUGCUGAAGAUCAUACGGUCAAAGUCUAUCAUUAUAUAAAGAAGCAGCAAUUGUGCUCAUCAAAAUUUAAUUCUAGCGGUACUUGCCUACUUUGGUUACCAGAAAGUGUUGAUCCUCUUGGAGUAUCGGUCUUGGUUGGAUUCGAUGAUGGGAUAGUUCGUGCAUUGCGCAUUGCAAAGAAAUUAGAUGAAGGAGCAAUUCAGCGUCGAAUUCGAUCACCUAGUGAUAUUUCAAGCACUCAAAUUGCAUUAGAACAAGUCAUGAAGCCUCAUAAUUCCUCAGUUACUUGCAUGGCAAUUGAUAACACUGGCGACAUUCUGGUUACAGGGGGAGCCGAUUCGUCCAUAUUCUUCUUCGCUAUCCGUGAUACUUUCCAGGCUAUCGGAUUUAUUAAAAUGCCUUGUCCUGUAGUCUCGAUUGCAUGGGCACCUGAAAGCCAUAAAAAGAAAGUCGUCCUAGUGUGUUGUCAAGAUGGUAUUGCUUUAGAAGUAGUAGCCCCAAAACCUAAUACUUAUUCAACAUCUAAAACUUAUCAACUUCCAGAAGAAGCAAUUAAAAUUAGGCAAUUUAAAUUUCACACCAUUAAAAAGAAGCUACGUAGAUUAAAAAAGCUGAAGAAGAAGCUAGACAAAAAGCAAAAGAAGAAGCAAGAGCUCUUAGAAGAGCUAAUGGUGAAGAAAGCGGGUAAAAUUGAAGAAGAAGAAGACAAUGAGGAAAAACAAGAGGAUACCGCAGCAGGAGAAAAAGGAAAAGAAGAGGAAGAAGUAGAAGAGGAAUCGGAUAAUGGAAUACGGACAAUUAUUCGUGGAUUCUAUGCGGAUGAAAUUGACCAUUUCUGGCUAUCAAUGGGAGGAUACGAUGCUGGAUAUCUUUAUAAAUGUAAAAUGGAAUCAUAUGAAGAAUGGCAGGCUAGAAUUCAACAGAAAGAACCUGAUAAUCAAGAUACAAAUGAAGUCGAUCACUUUGGUGAGCCAGUUAAGGCUAUUCCAGUUACUGAUAGUAACGAUUCUCCUAUCCGAUCUCUUCAUUUGAGCCGUGAUGGAAAGCUGUUGAUACUUGGUUUCGAUAAUGGUAUUGUUCGCUGUCAGCCGCAAGAAAAUGCAAUAAAAGGGAAUCAAUUACCUAGCGAUAUCCCAGAAUUGGCUGAUUAUUGGUCCCUCUCGAUUCACGAUGGCUUCUACGGACGCGUGACUAAUAUUUGUUCAAGUUUUGACAAGAAAUAUAUCUUAACCACUGGUAGCGAUGGCAACUUUUUCGUUUUUGCCCAUAACGAAAUGGAUACCGUUGACGGUGGAAAAAUAGAUUCUAUGUCAAUGUCAAUCAUGGAAGGCGAUAACCGCAUGGAAGACAUUACUGACCGUUCAGCUUAUAGCUUAGAAGAUGCUAAACAAAAAUCGGAAUAUGACAAGCGAUUAAAAGAAGCUGAAGAAAAGAAACAGAAUGUUCGAAAUGAAAUGGCGAACCUUCGCUUACGCUUCAAGAAAAUUCUUAACCGCAAUAAUGACUUACCGACAAAAUUGCAAUUGAAGAGAACGGUAUAUAAAUGA